CCGGCUUCCCCUCGAUGGUUCACCGCAGCCCGGAGGAGGGACCGACCUUCCAGCGCUGCCCGGAGAUCAGCGCCCAGGAGCCGCAGACAGUCUGACAGCACAUCUUUUGGUGCAGCCAUGCUGAAGCCGGGCGACCCGAGCGGCUCGGCCUUCCUGAAGGUGGACCCGACCUACCUGCAGCACUGGCAGCAGCUCUUCCCUCAGGCGCAGCUGAAGGCGCCUCUGGCUCCGCCGCCUCAUCCUGACCGCCUCUCCAUCCCCAUGGACAGCCUGCGCCCGUCCCGCCUGCACAGCCACCUCCUGGCCUCCACGCACUGCACCUCCUCCUCCUCUUCUUCUGCGUCCUCCUCAGUAGCUCCUUCUUCAGCAGCAGUAGCAGCAGCAGCUGCAGCUCUCACCCCGUCCUCCUCCAUCUCCAUCUCCGCCUCCCCAGGGCUCUCCCAGCUGCCCGUGCCCCAGCAGAUCGCUCUCUUCGGGCAGGCGUUGGCCCCGGUGUGUGCUGGACCCGGAGGCCCUGGAGGAGGAGGAGGUGGACCGGGAGGCCCUGGAGGAGGAGGAGACCUGGUGGUGGUUGUCCCCCCGGAGAACCAGCAGGGUCACAACCCAGCAGUGGGGUUCCUCCAUCAGGCCAAAGAGCACAGCUGUGGGGGGGUGGGGGUGGUGUCGUCCAGCGUGAAGAGCAGCAGCGGAGGAGGCGGCGGCGAGGAGGGCGGCAAAGGAGCAACAGCCAGGUUCAAACUGACGUCGGAGGAGCUGGACUACUACCUGUACGGACAACAGAGGAUGGAGAUCAUCCCACUGAGCAACCACACGGGAGAGGUCAACAACC